AUGUCUACGCUGGUCCCUCUUAGAGAUGAUCUGGUACCAUUUUUAGAGCCUCAUUUGCCCAGACCAUUGAACAAGUCGAAGGGGUUACCGUUUGUGACGUUGACUUAUGCUCAAUCUUUGGAUUCCAUGAUUUCGGCUGGGAAAGGAAAGCAAACGGUAAUCUCACAUCUUGAAACUAAGACAAUGACGCAUUAUCUAAGGUCGAAGCAUGAUGGAAUUCUCGUGGGUGCUGGCACUGUAGUGGCAGACGAUCCAGGGCUCAACUGUAGAUAUAAACCUGAAGGUGAUGGUGUUUUGAGUACUCCUCGACCAAUUGUACUGGAUCCUAGGUUUCGAUGGAACCUGACUAAAGAAUCACGAGUUAUCAAGACAGCAACUGAUGGAACAGGCCUGGCGCCGUGGAUCAUAGUCAAUAAAGGUAUACGGGAUCAAAAUCGUGAAAAGGUUCGAAUGGUAGAAAGUAUUGGAGGUAAAAUCAUAGAAAUAGAUAACGAACUGUCAGACAACAAACAGUUUCAAUGGAGUCAGGUAUUUACUACGCUAUAUAGCUUGGGGUUGGGCUCAAUCAUGGUAGAAGGUGGUGCAACAGUCAUCAACUCGUUACUAGAGCAGCCAGAUCUUGUAGACAGCGUCAUCAUAACUAUCGGUCCAGUAUUUUUGGGGAACCAAGGUGUACAGGUAAGCCCAAACUCGACAGUAGCUUUGCAAAAUGUGAGCUGGUGGCGUGGUAUACAAGAUUCGGUCCUGGCAGGACAAUUAAAGAAAUAG